AUGUCUGUUUUAUAUGCUUGUAAGCUCUGCUUCCUCCUUGCUCUGCUGAAUUCGGCCAGCCACGGCGUCGCCGGCAAUGCGGCACCACCGACACCGAGCGGUGGAUUCAGUCUGUCUAUCGUGUCCAACCACGACACAGCCGGCGGGCUCGGGCAAUUUGACGCGAACCUCACCAGCAUAGGUCCGCACAUAGCCCCCGUGGCGUGGCCCUUGUACGGCGUCCUCGUCGGCGUCGGCUCCGGCCAAACCAGGCACUUCUACAAGCUCGGGCUGGACCUCGUCGGCAAUCUGACUUGGAUGCAGUGCCAGCCCUGCGUGCCUGAGGUUCGGCAGGAGGGCGCCGUCUUCGACUCUGCUGAGUCCCCUCGCUACAAGCACAUGAAGCCCGCAGACCCCAAGUGUACGCCCCCCUACACCCCCUCCGGCCGGAACCGGUGCAGCUUCUACACCACCUCCUGGAACGUCGCCGCGCACGGCUACCUCGGCAGCGACACGUUUGCCUUCGCCGGCAGCCCCGGCGCAGGAGGAGGAGAACACAACAGGGACGUCGACAACCUCAUCUUCUGUGCGCACACACGACGGACGGAUUCGUGGGCCUGA